AUGGCUGACCAAGGCGCUGCAGAUCCUGGUAAUAACAAUAAUAAACCUGAGGCUUCGGAGGGAACUAUUAUCAAGGUCACAGUAAAAACCCCUAAAGAUAAAGAAGAAAUCGCCAUCGCUGAAGAUGCCUCCGUCACUCAGUUUAAAGAAGAGAUCUCACGGCGGUUCAAAGCCAAACAGGACCAAUUGGUUCUGAUUUUCGCAGGGAAGAUCUUGAAGGAUGGUGACAGCCUCAGCCAGCAUGGCAUCAAGGAUGGCCUGACAGUUCACCUAGUCAUAAAGACAGCACACAAGGCAAGUGAUGGUGGCAGCACCUCAGCGUCUUCUAGUUCAUCCUCAACUCAAGCAGGCAGUGCCUCCACUUCUACUCCAGGAACCAAUCCAUCCUCCACAGCAGGAUCUACUGGCUCUGCCCCACCACCCACACAGACGCCCAACAUACUGACUGGAUUUGGAGACCUUGCUGGUCUGGCUGGACUGGGCAUGGGCUCGGCUAACUUCAUGGAACUGCAGCAACAGAUGCAGAGGCAGCUCAUGUCCAACCCAGAGAUGCUUUCUCAGAUCAUGGAGAACCCGCUGGUGCAGAACAUGAUGUCCAACCCAGACUUAAUGAGACAGAUGAUCAUGGCUAACCCGCAGAUGCAGCAGCUAAUGGAACGCAACCCUGAGAUUUCCCACAUGCUUAACAACCCUGAGCUCAUGAGACAGACCAUGGAGUUAGCCAGAAACCCAGCCAUGAUGCAGGAAAUGAUGCGGAACCAGGACAGAGCUCUGAGCAACUUGGAGAGCAUCCCAGGAGGUUACAAUGCGUUACGCAGGAUGUACACAGACAUCCAGGAACCCAUGUUCAGCGCUGCUAGGGAACAGUUUGGUAGCAACCCCUUCUCAGCUCUAGGUGGAGGCUCUGACUCUGGCGCCCAGCCAUCACGAACAGAGAACCGUGAGCCCCUUCCCAACCCAUGGGGGCCGCCAAAUUCUUCAAACCCAACUGAGAGUGGAGGCACCACAGGAAGUACUAGUACCACUGGCGGCACCAACCCCACUGUGUCCAACCCUCUGGGCAUCAACCCUGGCAGUCUUGGAAAUGGGAUGUUUAAUAGUCCUGGGAUGCAGAGCCUAAUGCAGCAGAUCUCUGAAAACCCCCAGCUGAUGCAAAACAUGCUUUCUGCUCCCUACAUGCGCAAUAUGAUGCAGUCACUGGCUCAAAACCCAGAGUUGGCCUCCCAGGUUUUGAUGAAUAACCCAUUGUUUGCUGGAAACCCUCAGCUGCAGGAGCAGUUCAGAGCUCAACUGCCCAUCUUUCUCCAACAGAUGCAGAACCCAGAGGCCCUGUCAGUCAUGACCAACCCCCGAGCCAUGCAAGCCCUAAUGCAGAUCCAGCAGGGCUUACAAACACUGCAGACAGAGGCUCCCGGCCUCAUGCCCAGUUUGAUGUCAGGUGGUGUGCCUGGCAUCCCCACAGGAGGAGGCAUGCCCACAGAGAACCCAGCCUCAUCACCCAGCAGUGCAGGAACAAGCACCGCCCAGCAGCAGCUGAUGCAACAGAUGCUCCAAAUGUUUGCUGGAGGAGGUGGAGGAGGAAGUGCAACGAGUCAGACCCCAGAGGUUCGGUUCCAGUCCCAGCUGGACCAGCUGAACGCUAUGGGAUUCAUCAACCGUGAGGCCAACCUGCAGGCCCUCAUCGCUACUGGAGGAGACAUCAAUGCCGCUAUCGAGAGACUGCUGGGCUCACAGCCCUCGUAAAGACAUACAGUACAUACUGACACACGCACACACAUACACAACCAAUACACCCAGCAUCUACAGAGAACCAAGAAAAUUUAAGUGUAUUGUCCCAAACUUUACAGAAGAAGCGUGGGCAGGAUCGAUAAGACCACCAUUCUACAUCUGCUCUCAGAUCAUUCCCUAGCCCCCAUAUUUUCCUCUUUUUGGCAUCAUCCAUGUACAUCUGUUCCAGAGUGCUGCUGCAGAGCCGGACUGAACCACUCUCACCCAGAGGAGUUUUCUGGUGCAGAGAAAAUAAGCAAAAACAUCACCUGAAAAAGGAUUCCCAGCCAUGUCUUUAUCUCUCUAUUGUUUUUUCCUCUUCAUUUAAAAAAAAAAAACUGGAGUGUUGCAGACCAGCACGUACAUAAUACACAUUAAACCCAAGUGAUGUGAUUGGCUGUUGACUCUGUUCCAAACAUGCCUGCGGUGAGGAAGUUUGUUAGCUUUUUAUCUAGCAAACUGGUCGGUGCAUGAAGAUCUGGUAUAAAGACAGUAACCUCGAACACAAACAGGAAGAUAUCAUUUCCACACAGACAUUCAACCUUAUUUUUCCAUUUCGACGGUCUUGAGAGUCUACAUAAAUCACUGUUUUCGCCCAAUGACUUUCACUAUUUAUUACAAACUUUUAAGAAACGACGCCCUUCACACUUCCUUACAGUUGUAAUUUGUCAUUCCAGAUAGAAAUGCCCUCUCUCGGGCGCACAGUGUCUUUUUCUUUGGAGGCACUACUGCUGUGCCUUCUGUUCUCUCCCUGCCCUAUAAGAGCAUCGUUGGCAAAUUACACCUCCCCACUCAGUGAGUUCAUUAGAAACCUUGACCAGUGGUCCCAGUAAGUCCCACAUAGCAUCGUUCAGGACUUAAACCAUAAUCCAGAUAUCACAUCACUGCAGUUCUGAAGCAAAGGAUGCUGUUAGAAUGAAUAUGAAUGAAACAAACAAGCUUUCCUUUCAUUUUAAUCUGAUUCUUUUAUUUUAUUUUUCUUUUUUUUGUGAGGUGCAGUUAGUACCUAGAGAUAAUUAAGAUUUGUCUCGCAUUAAAUAAACAUGGAAAUCAAGUGAAUAAAAAAAAGAAGAAUGGAAAGGCUUUACAAACAAUUCUUGGUAUGGUGGCACCAUACGUUUCUAAAUCAAGUUCUAGUUUGUCUUUUUUUUUUUCUUUUGAAAAUCUCAGCAUUGUAGUUGUGGUAACCUUGGCAACUGCUUCUAUAGCUUUGCUUUGUCUGUUGACCUCAGCUGAAAGAAAAUCCAUCUCCCUAUUGAACAUGUUGAAACUAACUUUUAACAGUACUGUACUAAAAAAAAUAAAACAUGGUCAAAAACAA